AUGGACAACCUCACGCAAAUUGCAGACGCCCUCGAAGACCGGGCGGGCGUUGGCGCGCAGGCCACUGCUGAGUCGCACCAAACUCUCUUGCCCUGCGACGCUUGCAGAAGGAGGAAAGUAAAAUGCUCCAAAGAAGAGAUCUGCGAGCGGUGCAUAUCGGCAGGACUAAGGUGCACAAGAGAGAUUGCUCGAAAGAAGAGGGGGCCAAAGAAGGGUUCAGGAUCUGUGCUGGCAAGACUGCGAGACGAAAGCCAGGCGACUUCGCCCACAGAACAAACAUUCCCACCACUCGACUUGUCCCAAUUGCAACUACAAAUGCCCUCGUUCAACAGGACCGUGACAAGCGACAGUCCUUUGGCAUCAUCAUUAAGCUCUCCCACGAGUUCGUAUUUUGGCGACACGUAUGGCCCAAACACCGGACCGUCCACCAUGCCCAGAUCUGUUCCUAUCAUUCAGAAUGGCACAGAAUUCGAUCCUACUUCACACACAGAAUUUGCGCAGUCAGGUUUUCAAUUUCCAGCAUCAUGGCAGAUGCAAACUUCUGAGCUUCUGCAGUUCCAGGCUCCUCUCUCGUCCAAGGGAUACAUGUCUAUCCGAGAUCUGGCUCAAGAAAUCUUCCAGGAGUCGUAUCCCCCUGUUCCACAUGCAGUUCCUCCAAGGUCAAAUGCACAAACCCCAUCGAGAGUCUCGACGCCUCUCACCCAGCCAGCACCUCUCGAGAGCAUAUUGAAUCGUGCUCCUCCCAACGCUCCCUCCCCAACCCUAACCACUACAAGCUCGCCCAUGCCACUCCAUGGACCAAAACACCUAUAUCGAAGCGAUUCUGGAGAUAUUCACAGUCCACAUCAGAUACAGGUAUUAGCAGCAGAAUUCGAUUUGUCGGCGCGACUCAUGACCCAGUGUAUCAGUCAAUAUUUCCGACAUCUCUACCCUAUACGGCCUACGAUUCACGAGAGUUCAUUUCUUCAGCGUCUCAAUAGCUUUGAUGAAUUAUCCAACGAAGAAAAAAUCCUGAUCUUAUCGAUCUGCGCAAACACCGUUCUUCAUGCAGCACCCCAGUCUGAUCUCUCAUUGGAUAAGAAAAUGCAACUCGGAAAACAGUUUGUGGAAUUGUGUUUCCUUUUACGAUGUCAAUACGACUGGGCAGAGUCGGCUACCCUUUUGUCAAUACAAGCCAGUUACCAUAUUUGCGUUGCCCUGUUUGAGCUUAAAAAGCCUCGAGCUCAUUAUUUGUACCUUCGCGAGGCUAUUUCCAUGGCCUUUGAACAAGGCUUACACCUGGAAUCCACCUAUCUCGGCAUGGAUGAGAUCCAAGCAAUUUGUUCCAGGCGAACGUUCGCCUUGCUCUUCAUUACAGAACGGGGACUGGCCAUCCUCCGUAACAAACCCGCCCAAAUCCCUCGAUUGCCAAUUCUGUCCAGUGAAUAUUUUGACGAGCAGGAUGGGUUUAUUCUGGCAGGCUUCUCUGCCCUAGUCAACCUCUUCUCCGUCCUCGACGAGAAGUUUAUCCAGCUCUGGAGCACCACACCCCUCGAAAGCGCAUCCUCGGGCUACGAGCCGUACGAUAAUGUGGCGGCUAUCCAACAUUCGCUUAGAGAAAUGUCUUUCGACCACUUCGCCAUGACAGACAUCCAGAAAGCCGAUGUCCUUAUCACGCACCACUGGCUGAGGCUGAUCUUUUGGCAAGCCUCCAUGCGCCAGGGCCUCAUCAGCUACAGCGCCUCCGACCCUAUAUUCUCGUCUACCUACCCAAUCGCCAUUGCAAAAGAUCUGUGCGCCGCAAUCUGCGACUUGACACCCAACGCGGUCCUCGUACACGGGCUUGGCAUAUUCGAGAAGCUGUUCGAGGUCGCAUACACGCUGAUGGACGCCCUGACGAUCGCCAAUACCAAUUGGUCUGACAGCGAGGAGUUACGGUGUCUCUUUGACCUGCUGAGCGCCAGCCCGAACAGCCAAAGCAUCUAUGUGAAGAUGCUGCGGACAAAGAUUGAGACCGAGAGGAGUCCCGCUGCGAGCCCGCCACAGCCAGCACCGCAGCUGAUCUAG